AUGGCUGCUCAAACUCCGGCCAUGUUUCAAAAUGAAAAUCUGCACAUUCCUAGAGGUAACAUGAAGCCUCUGUUUAUGAGAUUCUGAUUGACUUUUGUCGGUAUCAAAUCCCAAAAGUCCUCUCAAGCUACUGAGCAACUAAUGUGUGAGAAAACUGUUAUGAAUAUAAUUCUAGGUAAAGCUAUUGAUGGUGGAAAGACUGCUCUCUUGAAACCUGAGAAGAAGGAACGAAAGGACAGGAAAGCUUUGGCAGACCUUUCAAAACCUGCAAAACCUGUUUUGUCUGCCACAAUAAAGGGUUCCACAAUCAAAGACAAUUCUCUGCGUGGUGUUGAAAAGACCAAGAAAGCUCCAAAGAGCAGCAUACUGACUGAUGAGGACAUAAAAAGAUGCCAUGAAUGGGCCAAAGAAGGAAAUGAAAAGGUUCACUAUACGGGCAAUGACAUACAAAAAAAUGAGAAAGAAGUCAUGGAAAAACGUAAUUUCUCAUUAACGUUUUCAGUGUUAUUUUUUUGAUUUAUUAAUGCUGAACUUCUUGAUUUAUUAAUACUGACCUUUCUCACAAAUUCUUGAUUUAGGAAUUAAAAAGAAGGUUGAUAUGGUAAUGUCUUCCUUGAGCAAAUGGAAUCAAGAUUUUUAUGACUAUGUGCUGCCAGUGAAGGUAACUCAUCAGACCUAUACUAUUUGACGCUCUUACAUGAUGAAAGUGUCAUGAUAUUCGUCCUUAGCUGAAAAGUUUAAUUACGAAACGUGACUGGUUUGUUUCAAACAUUUCAUUCAUGUCGGUUUGGGAAUGAUAACUUUGAGGUUGUGGCUAUUUUGAUUUUUAUUGAAUGCAGUUAGUGUUUGUUUAAUGUUGAAAUUAUAGUUGUACUUUUCUUUUCUUUUCUUUUCUUUUUUUCUUCAUAUAUUUUCACUUCGUUCUGUGUCAGUGUUGUUACUGAAGGAGGACAAUUUGAAUACUUUUUAUUGGAAAAAAAUUCAUUCCAUUUCUUAAUCCCAAUAUCAUUCUGUGAUUUUUAAGAGAAACCUGUACCCCAUUUAUGUUAUAGUCCGCAUAAGUUUGAUUAAUCUUCCAUUAUAUAUUUAAGAAAAUUUUGAAGGUAUACCAAGAUGUGAAGUCAGCGUUACUUUCAUAUUUUUUCAGUGAAUUUUUUUUUCUCUGAGCUAAGCUCAUUUCCCUUGGUUCAGAAAGCUACAGAGGACAUUGGAUAUGUUAAAAGCUUGGAACUAGAACCGGAAGUUCCCCUUCCUGUGUCCACCGUAUUGCCAAACUCAGGUUUGCUUUCCAUAUUCCCUUUUCAUUUCUUGAUCAAUAAAUGAGUGUUUACGUGGUUCUUGACUCGACAGUAAUCCUUAAUAUUGAUUAAGCUAAUAUUGUGCGACACAUCUGAGCGAGUUUGGCCUCAAUUUCUUUGGUGGAAUCUGAUCUAAGCAAUUUACACAAUUUGUGUACAUUGAAAGUUCACCACCCUCAGCAUAAUAUAGUAGCUAUUUCUCAGCGUGCGAACAUAGAUAUGCCAAAAUUUGCUGAUAUUCCACAUGUUAGCAAAACUUAGGUGCUAAAUGGCAAAUCUUCUAUCGUCUAAAGUUGAUUUUUCUCGGAGAACAUGGUUUUUUUUGUUUCCCUGUUUUCUGACCAUGAAUGUUGAUCAUUUUCGGAUUCCUGUUUAGUUUGCUUCUGGGGCACAUCUUACUCUGACUAAUUCCGCUUAACAGGUUAUUGUUUUAUAUUCCAGAGGGCCGAUUUCAUGUUCAAACUAUGUCUCAAUUUCAUAACAUGUGGAUUAUGGUUGGCUGCUUUAAACCUGUCUUCUACACCAAAGAAAGUCAGAAGUAUGGUCAUACAGGCUGAACCGUGUCCAUUCCCCCCAAGUCUUACAAGCACCUUCCUUUAGUCUGAUUGGUUACCCCCUCAUCAUCUUUAGACCCCCCAUUUAAUUUAAUUUAUAUGCUCAUUUACAGCGACAAGACAUGGUUUCUUGACAUGCGGUCCAUUUUUUCCAAUUGUAUCAAGGUGACGACGAAGCUUUGCGCAAUUUCCUUGGGGAACCCGAGAUUAUCUGGCCAUUAUUUGAUGACCAAAGCUUUGAGUUCACGCUGAAAGAGGCCAACGAAGGAGGGGACCCUGCUCCCUUUCAGACGACUGCGAUCAGAAAGGCUGCAUAG